AUGUUUGACAACUCCAGCCUAUUCCUCGCACCAUGGAACAACAUUUACCUAGUCAUUGCUAUGGUCCUUGCUAGCUAUCUAGCACUGGUCAAGUCUUUUCGAUACAGUCGAAUGAAAGUGAUUGAGGCCGCUUUCGCCCCUGGGAAGAGAGAAUUGUCAAGCAUGACGGUCAAAGAAGCGCAUGCAAUUAUGACUCAGUUACAAGAACUGGAGUUUCCACAUGCUUUUUCUAAGGCUCGUCAGAUCGCUCUAUUAAAGGCCGGAGGUAUCCCGACUAUGUCGAAGCUUUUCGCAGUCACAGGACAGAACAAUAGACGCAACGCCGGGAAGCGCGCCGUUGACACAGAAAUCCUCUUACGGGAGUCUCAAUCCCAGCCUCGAGAUUCGGAUCGUUAUGCAUCUGCCGUGGCGAGAAUGAAUUAUCUUCAUGCCCACUACCGGCGCGCUAACAAAAUUACUGAUGGCGAUCUUCUCCAUACACUAGGUGAUGGUCUUGCCGAAAUCCUGAAUGUCAUUGAAAGAGAGGAGUGGCGAAAACUUACGGAUGUUGAGAAAUGUGCCCUUGGUAUUUUUCACAAAAACCUAGGCGAAGAUAUGGGAAUCCCAUUUGAUGUGCUUCCCUCAAAAGCAGAAGGAUGGAAAGAUGGACUGCACUUUGCGUUAGAACUGAGAAAGUGGACAAUCCACUAUGAAGAAGAAGUGGCGAGACCCACUGCAACAAACGAUCAAUAUGUCCGAGUCUACGUUGAUUCUGCACUUCCUGGCAUCAUACAACCAGUGGUGCGGCAGAUGCUGGGUGCUGACUUGGACGAUGUUAUGAGAACCAGCCUUUGUCUCGAAUCUCCUAGCCUAUUCCUCUCUCUCAUGCUACGCCUCAUCCGAGAUUCACGAAAGUUAAUCCUUCGGUACCUUGCACUACCACGUCCUUCUUUGCUUGCCGUCAAAUUAGUGCAUGAUGCGCCAAACCCGGACACGAAUUUUUACAACUUCGAAAGAAUGGGAUUGCAACCAUGGUACAUCCGACCUACUCUCUGGUCAAAAUGGGGGCCCGGGGCGUUGUUGGUUAGACUAUUCGGAGGCAAGAUACCCGGCUCACGCGGAGGACGGUAUCUGCCUCAAGGAUAUAGCUUAAUGACAGUCGGGCCAGAGCCACAGAACGGAAAAGGAAUGGAAGAGAUGGGUCUCGAUAUGGAUGCAAUCAAGGCGAGAGGUGUAGCCACAUGUCCAUUCUCUCAAGCAAAGUCGGGUAGCUUCAAAUGA